AUGGCACCAUUAAAACAUUUUGAUAUGUUAAAAGUAUUUAAAUCUGUAUAUGAUGAGUUACUGAAUGACGUUGAGGAUAAUAACAAUCACAAAAUUCCAAUUACAAUCACUUCCAACUCACCUACUACGCCUACUACACUAAUAUCUACUGAUACACCUUCUACACCUACUGCCACAUCUGCUACACCUAUUGCUACACAUACUACAUCUACUGCUAUACCUAAUACAUUAAUAUCUACUAAUACACCUGUUAUACCUAAUACAUUAAUAUCUACUAAUACACCUGUUAUACCUACUACACUAAUAUCUACUGCUACACCUACUAUGUUAAUAUCUACUACUACACCUGCUACACCAUUAGAAGAUGAAGAUGAAAGAUAUUCAGUGUUAUUAGAUGAUGAUUUAGUAAUAGUUGAAGAAUUACAGGGACCAUGGGCUUCACGUGAAUACACAGUUUUAUUAGAUUUUAUGUUUAGAAAAAAUUUAAAUUGUAGAUAUCUAAGAAGAACAAAAAAAUUACAUCGUUCACAUGAAAAUAUUGCUUCAACAUGGAGAGAAAUGAAAAGAGAAAUAAAAAUAUAUUACGAAGAUGAAGAUGAAAGAUAUUCAGUGUUAUUAGAUGAUGAUUUAGUAAUAGUUGAAGAAUUACAGGGACCAUGGGCUUCACGUGAAUACACAGUUUUAUUAGAUUUUAUGUUUAGAAAAAAUUUAAAUUGUAGAUAUCUAAGAAGAACAAAAAAAUUACAUCGUUCACAUGAAAAUAUUGCUUCAACAUGGAGAGAAAUGAAAAGAGAAAUAAAAAUAUAUUACGGUGCACAAUUUUAA